UGACAUUACAAAUACGGAACAAAGAACGUUUAUCGCAAUGAAAUAAAGCAAUAGCUAAGUACUAACAGUGGGUGUACUCGUACACUGUACGCUCGCAUAUAGUUUAGUUAUCUGGCGUACCCGCUUCGUGUAGUCGUUCCCAAAAAUAACGUUAUAGCAAUGGAAAAUAAAUAUAAAAUUAGAGCUACGUCUGACACGGACGCGUGGGGAUACGCAGUUUGCUUUGGCACAGCUAUUACAUUCAUUGCUGGUAUCGGACAUGUCAAUUCAUUUGGUCUCAUUUACAAAGAUUUUAUUGUGGAUACAAAUUCUACUGCCAAGUCCUUAACAACUGCCCAUGGCGUGUUUGCUAUAAUGCUGGCCGUGGGAGGACUACUUCUAAGCAUGCUAUCUAAGAGAUAUUCCUUGAGAUUAGGAGGAUUUAUUGGCGCAACUUUAUUCACCAUGGGAUCAUUCUUUACCAUUUUUAUCUCGAAUACAAAUCAGUUAAUACUCACCUUUGGAGUUCUACAAGGAAUUGGUUUUGGAAUGAUGGUACCCGUCUGUUAUUUGUCAAUCAAUUAUUAUUUCGUAAGGAAAAGAACGUUCGUAAUGAGCGCCAUAAAAGCUGUUCAAGGGAUAAUUGUGAUGUGGUAUCCGCAAUUUAUUAAGGUGAUUACUUCGUGUUACGGAUUCCGUGGAACUCUGCUCAUAUUAACUGGAAUAUCACUGCACAUGUUUCCUGGUGCAUUGACGAUGCAAUUAGAGAAGCGGACAGCAAAAACUAAAAGAAUAGCAACUGAUGAUAUAGAAAAGAGAACAAAUAGUGAUCAACAUGUUGAUCUGCUAUUGAAUACUGAUAAUGUUGAAGAUAUUAAACCGAGAUGUAAUUUAGCGGACAAAAUGAUAUUGCUUGGGUCUGAAGUUCUGGAAUUGUUGAAUCUGAAGGUUUUGAAAGAUCUCGUUUAUUGUAAUAUUUGUUUGGGACAGAGUUUCGUUAACUUUUCCGACUUGACGUUUUUUAUCUUACAACCGAUGCUUUUGUUUCAGUAUGGCUUCGAUAAGAGUCAAGUAGCUACAUGUAUAUCUAUUGGUGCUGGUGCUGAUGUUGCAGGAAGAUUUGGUUUAGCUCUCAUCAGCGGUCUAUAUCCAGUAAACACUAGAUUCCUUUACUAUAUAGCCACGUUCUUUACACUCCUUGUUAGAAUAGCAAUACUCCACGCGCAGCAAUACAUUUGGAUCGUAGGAAUAACUGGUGUUUUGGGAAUAUUGCGAGCAUGCUUGCAUGUGGCCAGCCCGCUGGUGAUAUCAAACCACGUGUCGCAUGAAGAUUUUCCGGGAGCAUAUGCAUUAUUCAUGCUAACAGCUGGUGUUAUUAAUGUUAUGCUAGCGCCAUUUAUAGGGUCUCUUAAGGAUUUGUACGCAGACUACGUUCCUUCAUUCUACGCGUUAGUAUUCUGCUGCAUUCCCUGUUUAGUCCUUUGGCCUUUAGAAUAUAUAUUUAUAAAAUAAUCUGUAUCAUAAUCAUUAAACGAAUUUGUAUUGUAAAUAUUUUAACGAUAUUAUACAUAAACGUGAUAAAAAUAAUGUUACAUAAGUAUUUAAUUAUAAA